AUUUAAAUGGUACAAAUUUUUAUCAAAUGCAAAGGGCGGCAACCAAUACCAUAGAUACAAUAAGGAUGCCCAUAUAAAAUCUCUACUUCUCUUUCUUCUCUGUCAAAACCCUAAACCCUACCUAUUGUUCUCUCUUUCUUAUAUCAAUUAAACCCAACCUAAAACCAUAAAAACACCACACACACACAGAGUAACAUUAACAAACAUCAAAUUAAUCAAUAAAUCAUUCACAGCGGGAAAAAAAAAGGAAUAAAACAAUGAGUAGUAAGCAAGAAAACAAAGAAAAAAAUAAGAAAUUUUCAAUUUGGGAUUUACCAGAUGUCCCAAUGGGUCAGCUGCCACCUCAUCUCCAGCUCCAAAGAACUCGUGUUGUUUGCAAAUCAGAUGCUCCUAUUCAUACUGAUAACAUAGUAUAUUCUGGUGCCUAUGCCUCAAUUGGAGUUGAUAAUAGUCUACAGUUAGAUUGUUUUCGUGACAACUUCAAAGUUGAAGUGAUUCAACUGACUAAGGAUGAUAUGGAGUUUGAUAUGAUUGGUAUUGAUGCAGCAAUUGCCAAUGCAUUUCGAAGGAUUCUCAUUUCUGAGCUUCCCACAAUGGCUAUUGAAAAAGUCCUUAUUGCAAAUAAUACAUCUCUUAUCCAAGAUGAAGUCCUUGCUCACAGGUUGGGUCUCAUUCCAAUCAAUGCUGACCCUAGGCUGUUUGAAUAUCUUUCAGCAAAUGAUACCCCAAAUGAAAAGAACACCAUUGUUUUCAAACUUCAUGCUUCUUGCAAAAGGGGCGAGCCUCGUCGUACAGUAUAUUCCGAAGAAUUGAAGUGGUUACCAGGAGGUAGUCAAUUGCUCAAAGAAUCAGAAAAAGCUGAUUCAAAACCCAGUACCUAUACUUCAUUUACUGACAAACAAGAUUUUAUACCGAAGCCAGUUAGCCCAUCAGAAGACAAAAUUAUAGUUGCUAAACUUGGUCCUGGACAGGAAAUUGAACUUGAAGCUCAUGCUGUUAAAGGCUUGGGUAAAACACAUGCAAAAUGGUCCCCUGUUGCUACUGCUUGGUAUCGGAUGCUUCCCGAGGUUGUAUUAUUAGAAGAUAUCGAAGAUGAGAUUGCUGAAGAACUUACGAAGAAAUGCCCUGUUAAUGUAUUUGAUAUUGAAGACAUUGGCAAUGGUAAGAAGAGGGCAACCGUGGCUCGACCACGAGCUUGCACAUUGUGUAGAGAAUGCAUCAGAGGGGGAGAAUGGGAUAAACGGGUGUCACUGCGUCGCGUUAAAGAUCAUUUCAUAUUUACUAUUGAAUCGACUGGAGCAUUGCCUCCUGAAGUGCUAUUUACUGAAGCUGUGAAGGUUUUGGAGGACAAGUGUGAACGUGUAAUUACUGAGCUCUCUUGAUUCCUUUUCCCCUUCUUUGAUAUCAUAUGGAAAGAAUGAGGGUAGUGAAGCUAGUGUAUGUUACAUUGUUUCGGAGGAAUAACAAUUUUGUGCAUCGGUUAAUUAUAAAAAACAAUAGCUUUUUCCAAAGCUGAAUUCUCUUUUGGUUA